AUGGAGCUUGAGGUGGUCCGCGUGUUGGACGAUGAGCAGGAGCAGAAGAUGACAUGGUGUCUUUCUCAUAUUCAGCCAACACUAGCUGAUGGUAAACUUCUUUACCAUUCAAUGCACAAUAUUGUUCAUAUUGACGAGAAAUGGUUCUACAUGACAAAGACAUCGGAUAGAUACUACCUUUUGUCGGAUGAAGAUGUGCCAUACAGGUCCUGUAAGUCCAAGAGAUUCAUCACUAAAGUGAUGUUCAUGGCUGCUGUCAGUAGGGCACUUUGUGGGCCUGAUGGGAAAAUCAUAUUCGAUGGUAAAAUAGGCUUAUUCCCAUUCACAGAACAAGUACCAGCCCAAAGAAGUUCAAAGAACAGGCCAAAAGGGACAAUUGAGACAAAGUCUAUUCAAUCCAUUACCAAGGAAGUCAUGACAGCUUGUCUCCUAAACCAGAUUAUACCAACAAUCAAGGCCAAAUGGCCAGCCAAUGCAAGCAACAAGAUUUUCAUCCAGCAAGAUAAUGCCAAACCUCACCUAAGAGCUGUUGACCAACAGUUUGAGUCACUAGCUAGUACUGAUGGGUUUGAAUUCCAUCUAAUUAGCCAACCACCCAACUCCCUAGACAUAAAUGUGUUAGACCUUGGGUAUUUCAGGGCAAUACAAUCACUUCAAGAUGACAAGAUAGCCACAAGUGUAGAUGACUUGCUUAGGAAUGUGUUUACCUCAUUUGAAGAACUCUCACCACAAACUCUCAAUAGAGUAUUCAUCACAUUGCAAAGCUGUUUGACAUCAAUAUUAGAAGUGCAUGGGAAGAAUGACUACAAGAUCCCUCAUUUAAACAAGGACAGAUUGCAGAGAACAAAGGGGCUGCCUUUACAACUUUAG